UAAAAAUUCAAAAACAAAUAGCCCUAAAGAAACCUCGAAAGAGCCUAUGAAGUUCUGUCCAUGUCCUAAAACCUUGCAACGCCCACCAUGCUUCCCUCACGCGAUCUGCUUCACGUGGUCUCAGCCACAGUCCCAUUAUACGUGACCAUGAUCUUAGCCUACGUCUCUGUCAAAUGGUGGAAACUCUUCACUCCAGAUCAAUGCUCUGGCAUCAACAAGUUCGUGGCCAAGUUCUCUGUUCCUCUCUUGUCCUUUCAAGUCGUCUCUUCCUACAAUCUCUACAGGAUAAGCCUCAAGCUCAUUUACGCCGAGUUUCUUCAGAAGUUUCUUGCCCUUCUUGCCGUAUCAGCUUUCGCUAAGAUCAGCGCACGAGGAGGUUUGAGAUGUGUCAUUACUGGUUUUUCAUUGUCCACGCUUCCUAACACUUUGAUCCUGGGGAUUCCUCUCCUGACUGCCAUGUAUAGGGAUCAAGUUUCUAUCCUUGCCCAGAUUAUUGUGUUGCAGAGCGUGGUCUGGUACAACUUGCUCUUGUUUCUUUAUGAGUUCGAUGCCGCAAAUACCAUGUCUCUUGCUACUCCUCCGAUAUCACCACAAGCCUCAGAAGAAACAGAGCCUGCUGAGGAAGAACAAUCUAAAGAAGAAGAAGAAGAGGAAGAAGAAGGCGGAAGAAGAAAGAAAAGGAAGAUCUUGCUCGUUCUCUCAACAGUGGGGAAGAAGUUAAUCACCAAUCCUAACACCUACGGAACUUUAGCAGGUUUGAUUUGGGCAGCCGUACACUUUAGGUGGGGAAUACAUAUGCCUUCCGUUGUUAAGCAAUCAAUAGUCAUAUUGUCUAAUGGAGGUCUUGGUAUGGCAAUGUUCAGCUUGGGUUUAUUCAUGGCAUCACAAUCUAGCGUUAUAGCUUGCGGGACAAAGAUGGCAGUGGUGACAAUGGCACUGAAAUUCCUUAUGGGGCCCGCCCUGAUGGCCUUAGCCUCUGUCGCCGUAGGAUUAAGAGAUACGUUGUUGAAAGCAGCAAUAGUUCAAGCUGCUCUACCUCAAGGAAUUGUUCCCUUUGUGUUUGCCCAAGAGUAUAACGUGCAUCCAGCUCUUUUAAGCACUGGGGUUAUUCUGGGGAUGCUCAUUUCUUUACCCAUAGCUCUGGCCUACUAUUUCCUCUUAGCCUUGUGAAUUCAGAAAGGCUAAACAAUACUAGACUUUGUAGUUUAGUGAAUUGGUGAGGAACUACACAGUGGAAUACACCAAGACUGGCAGAGUUCGGAGUUUUUUUUUUUUUUUAAACUGUUUUGCUUAGUUCGUAGGAUGUAUCUAUGUACAUACCACACAAGGAGAUACAUAGAAAUUAACGAAAAAGCAAAUGAAAUACGUACAAUGAUUUCCUCUCUAUCUCUACCUCUCUGUAAUCCCACCAGACUCAAAAUUUGUGCUCUGUUUGCUUUGAUUUAGUAGCUCGUUCAUUUUGAAGAGGAUCAUGUUUAUGAAGAUAUCUAGUCUCAGCACCAGCUCUGCAGAAGCAAAUCAGCUAUUUGCAGUCAUUUCUUAAAUUCAAUCCGCGAUUUCCUCUACAUUGUUGUCAAUAAUACAUACU